UAGGCGCUAUUGAAACGUGUUUCUGAUCACGGCUCUUAAAAGCGGUUGAAAUGAGCGUUCCGGCUUUCAUUGACAUCACAGAAGAAGAUCAGGCUUCGGAGCUCAGAGCCUAUAUCAAAGGCAAAGGAGCAGAGAUAUCUGAGGAGAAUUCUGAAGGUGGACUCCAUGUGGAUUUAGCGCAGAUCAUUGAAGCAUGUGACGUCUGUCUCAAAGAGGACGACAAAGAUGUGGAGAGUGUGAUGAACAGCAUCGUUUCUCUGCUGCUUAUUCUGGAGACAGAGAAGCAGGAGGCCCUCAUCGAGAGCCUCUGUGAGAAGCUGGUCAAAUUCAGGGAAGGGGAACGUCCCACACUCAGAAUGCAGCUCCUGAGCAAUCUGUUCCAUGGCAUGGAUGAGAACACCCCUGUAAGGUACACCGUCUACUGCAGUCUCAUCAAGGUGGCAGCCACCUGCAACGCUAUUGCAUUCAUUCCAACUGAGCUUGACCAGGUCCGAAAAUGGAUCAUUGACUGGAAUCUCAACACAGAGAAGAAACACACUCUUCUCAGACUGGUGUAUGAGGCAUUGGUUGACUGCAAAAAAAGUGAAGCCGCAGCUAAAGUGAUGGUGGAGCUGUUGGGCAGUUACACGGAGGACAACGCCUCUCAGGCCCGGGUCGAUGCACACAGGUGUAUUGUCCGUGCUCUGAAAGACCCAAACACUUUCCUGUUUGACCACCUCCUGGCCCUGAAACCAGUGCGUUUCUUGGAAGGGGAACUGAUCCAUGAUCUCUUAACCAUCUUUGUGAGCGCAAAGCUAGCAGCAUAUGUGAAGUUCUACCAAAACAACAAAGACUUCAUUGAUUCCCUUGGUCUUUCACAUGAGCAGAACAUGGCAAAGAUGAGGCUCCUCACAUUUAUGGGAAUGGCAGUAGAAUACAAGGAGAUCUCCUUUGACACCAUGCAGCAAGAGCUGCAGAUCAGCGCAGAUGAUGUGGAGGCUUUCGUCAUUGACGCUGUUCGAACGAAGAUGGUUUACUGCAAAAUUGACCAGACACAGCGCAAAGUUGUUGUGAGUCACAGCACACAUCGGACCUUUGGGAAGCAGCAGUGGCAGCAGCUGUACGACAGCCUCAACUCUUGGAAGCAGAACCUGGUCACUGUCAAGACCAGCCUGCAAGCUCUCUCCACCUCCACAUAAACCCUAUUCCCUUAUCAGAUUUUUAUAUUUACCCAAUAAAAAUGAACUGAGAGAAA